CUUCAUUCCUGUAUUUUACUAAAUUGUUAUUAGAAGAUUUCAUUAUAUUAAUUAAUUAAUUAAUCUAUAUACACAUAUGGGGAACUACAUCUCUUGCAGUCUAUCAGCAGGAGGAGGAAACAAGCAGUGGAGAGGUAUAAAGGUGAUAUUCCCAUGUGGAGAGAUACGCAAAAUUGAAGAAGCAGUGACAGCAGCUGAGCUUAUGGUUGAGAUGCCAAGUUUCUUCGUAGUAAACACUCGUUCACUACAGAUUGGAAGAAGGUUUUGUGCCCUCAAUGCCGAUGAAGAACUUGAGUAUGGCAACGUUUACGUGAUGAUUCCAAUGAAGAAGCUUAACUCCGCUGUCACAGCAGCUGAUAUGGGUACCUUGCUACUCACUGCUAAAAGGGUCUCUGCCAAAGGGAACAAGAUUCUUCCUACUGCUGAAUCUAUCUUGGAAAUGGAAUCACAACCAAAGUUGAACUUGGAUGACAUUGAUCAAGAGUUGUCUAUGCACAGAUUGUCUUUAUGCAGCAGCAGGUCAAAGAAGCCUUUGUUGGAGACCAUAGCAGAAGAAACAGUGUGCUGAAGCUGAAUACAAAUUCAAACCUUGCUUUCUUCUAAUCUGAGCUACUAAGCACAAAGUCCAGCUUGUGGCUUUCUUUUUCUCUUUUUGUGAUUGAUUUGUGUCGUGCUCCAUAUUGUUAUGAGUUACACACUUACACGGGCAUAUCAUUUUUAGGAUUUUUAUUUGUUAUAUGUAUGAUGAUUAGAUUUGUAUGUAUGAACUAUAAUCAACAUUCAACUUAACUAAUUCAAAACGUUAUGUUAUAUUAGGCUAUCUAAUAUUCAA